CUACAACCAGACAGCCCACCGAACGAGGCCUUUGUCACCCUUUUCUGAACUCUGGUGUGCUUUUGCGUCUUUUGUUUUCCUGUUCGCCGCUUCGUUUUCGAGCUUUUCUGAGAAGCACGAGCGAGAGCCUCUACAAGCGAGCUUUCGGAAUUGCCCUCACCUCUUCACAACCACAAAAACCACAACGGCAGUCGAUUUAGGCCCAAGCCGCCAGCCCGACCACCAUGUCUCGGUCGACCGCCCCCAAUGCGUCAGCGUCGCGCAAGAUCUCCUUCAAUGUCAGCGAGCAGUAUGAUAUUCAGGAUGUAGUUGGUGAAGGAGCCUACGGUGUUGUUUGCUCCGCCAUUCACAAGCCGUCAGGACAAAAGGUUGCCAUCAAGAAGAUCACCCCCUUCGACCAUUCCAUGUUCUGUCUGCGAACCCUGCGAGAGAUGAAGCUGCUGCGCUAUUUCAACCACGAAAACAUCAUCUCCAUCCUCGAUAUCCAGAAGCCUCGAAGCUAUGAUAGCUUCAACGAGGUCUACCUCAUUCAGGAACUCAUGGAGACGGAUAUGCACAGAGUUAUCCGCACCCAAGAUCUAUCCGACGAUCACUGCCAGUACUUCAUUUACCAGACGCUGCGUGCGCUCAAAGCUAUGCACUCGGCCAAUGUUCUGCACCGAGAUCUCAAGCCCUCCAACUUGCUGUUAAAUGCCAACUGCGAUCUGAAAGUCUGCGAUUUUGGUCUGGCCAGAUCUGCCGCUUCCCAGGAGGACAACUCGGGUUUCAUGACGGAAUAUGUCGCUACGCGAUGGUAUCGUGCGCCCGAGAUCAUGUUGACCUUUAAGGAGUACACCAAGGCCAUUGAUGUUUGGUCCGUUGGCUGUAUCCUGGCUGAGAUGCUGAGCGGCAAGCCUCUGUUCCCUGGCAAAGAUUACCACCACCAGCUGACUCUGAUUCUGGAUGUGCUCGGCACACCCACUAUGGAGGACUACUACGGCAUCAAGUCUCGGCGAGCACGAGAGUACAUCCGCUCGCUGCCUUUCAAGAAGAAGGUGCCAUUCCGCACCUUGUUCCCCAAGACGUCUGACCUGGCACUCGACCUCCUGGAGAAGCUGCUUGCAUUCAACCCCGUGAAGCGAAUCACGGUAGAGGAUGCCCUCAAGCACCCAUACCUCGAGCCCUACCACGACCCUGAGGACGAGCCCACUGCGCCUCCGAUCCCGGAGGAAUUUUUCGAUUUCGACAAGCACAAAGAUACCCUGAGCAAGGAGCAGCUGAAGCAGUUGAUUUACCAAGAGAUUAUGCGGUAAAAUCAGAAAAUUCUAUUUGAAGGAAGGAGAUUGAUGAAGCACAUGGUUGAGUGAUGCCGUGUUGAGAAACUGAAUUAAAGCGGAAGCAUUUUCUUGAGGAUAUAGAGCAAUUGAGACUGGCAAAGAACGGAAAUAUAUUUCUUGGCUACAGUAAGCCGAGAAGGUGGAGGGAAAGGGAGGGACGAAAUUUGAAAUGAAUCAAUACACUGGCUUCGGGUGCCUCUACUUUUUAUUAUCUUGUUUUCUGUUUUAGUAUAUAUAUAUAUAUGUAUUCUGGUUCACUAC